CGGCGCCUGGGCAGGAUGACCAGCCUGUUCCGCCGGAGCAGCGGUGGCAGCGGUGGCGGAGGCGGCGGCGGCGGAGGGAGCGGCGGUGGCCCCGGCGCGACAGGGACACGGGGAGGCCCGGCCGGGGCCCAGUGCAGCGCGCGCGGCCCAGGAGCUCAACAACAAGCAGGCCCUGCGCGCCAGGUCCGCCGCCUGGAGUUCAACCAGGCCAUGGAUGAUUUCAAGACCAUGUUCCCCAACCUGGACUACGACAUCAUCGAGUGCGUGCUGCGCGCCAACAGUGGCGCCGUGGGACGCCAACCAUCGACCAGCUUGUUGCAGAUGAACCUGGAAGGCGGUGGUGGCGUCUACGAGGACAGCUCCGACUCCGAGGACAGCAUCCCCGUGGAGAUCUUGGAGAGGACGUUGGAACCAGACAGCUCUGAUGAAGAGCCCCCACCGGUAUACUCCCCACCAGCCUACCACAUGCACAUGUUUGACAGGCCUUAUCCACUGGCUCCCCCCACACCACCCCCUCGCAUCGACCUGCAGAGCUGUGGACCCCCUUCCAGUCAGAGACGCUACAGGAACUGGAACCCCCCACUGUUGGGCAGCCUCCCCGAGGACUUCCUGCGGAUCCUGCCUCAGCAGCUGGACAGUGUCCAGGGCAAUCCCGGGGGCUCCAUGUCCAGGAGUGGAGACAGAGGCCUACCACCCACGGCUGGCCCAGCGCCCAGAGACCAGGAGAGCCGCUGGAAGCAGUACCUGGAGGAUGAGAGGAUCGCACUGUUCCUACAGAACGAGGAGUUCAUGAAGGAGCUGCAGCGAAACCGCGAUUUCCUCCUGGCCCUGGAGCGAGAUCGAUUGAAAUACGAGUCCCAGAAAUCCAAAUCCAGCAGUGUGGCUGUGGGAAGUGACUUCGGCCUGUCCUCUGCUGCCCCAGGAGCCAGCGAUGCCUACCCCAGCGUGUCUGAAGAUGCCUUGUUCAGGGACAAGUUGAAACACAUGGGGAAAUCCACCCGAAAGAAGCUGUUUGAACUGGCCAGGGCCUUCUCAGAGAAAACCAAGAUGAGGAAGUCCAAGAGGAAACUCCUGUUAAAGCAUCAGCCACUGGGAGCUGCAGCAUCAACAGCCAAUCUCCUGGAUGAUGUGGAAGGCCACCCUUGUGAUGAAGAUUUUCGGGGACGACAUCAGGAGGGCACCAAGGUGGAGGAAAAUCUCAGAGAAGGGCAGUAACAGGCCAGCACCUUCUCUCCCCAGAGACAUCUGAGCUGCCAACCUCCAGAGGAUGGUCCCCUGCUGCCACCGUACAGAUGGUGCUCGAGUACCAAGGCCCAGCGACCUUCCGGCUUGCUCAGCCCAGCCACUGCCAUUCUUCACGGGACUCAGAGCUCCUGAGUCACAAGCUGCCAUCACAGGACCUGGCCAGCUGGGACAGCAACCCGGCACAGCCCUCCUGGAUCCAGGCUGUUUUGGGGCCGGGAGUGGAAAUGCAGGAACCAUCCCCCAAAUUACCCCAGAGAAUGGGGAAAUGGAAGGGGCACCCCAAAGGGCAAGAUGACCUUCUCAGGGCUCUGCAUGGAGCUGGACCCCAGCCUUCCUCCCCCUCUGCUCCUGCUGGAUGGGCACUGCCCUCUGCCCUCCCACUCUCCUGGCUCCUUCUGAGCACCUGCCCUGUGCCUGUGGCCCCCUGCAUGCAGCCUUGCCCAGGGGCGCCAGGUGUGGGGCUGAAUGCAGAGCCUGGGACUGACCCUGGACACCCUGGGGGACCGAGGGGUCAUCGUAGAGGCAUCAACUGACUCCCCUGUUAGCUGCGUGGCUGUUUCUGACAGGGGCUGGUCUGGACUCUAGCAGGGAAGGGGUGGCCCCUGGAGCUGGAGGGCCAGAUGAUAGCAGGGCAGUCACUUUAGCAGAAAAAGAAAGCCACUUUCACAAGAGACUGGAUAGAUAGUCAGCCACAUCCACCUCUAAAAGACCCAUGGGGCCAGGAGGGCUUGUGGGGGGAUCCCUUCCAAGGGCUAGAAGGUGUGAGCCUAGCACCUCACCGGCCUCACCACUGCCAGCAGCAGGAAGGAUGCUGCCUCAGUCUCUCUGCCCUGUGUGGACAGGGUAGGCAAGGGGAGGAAUGACAGAAUCUCCAGAACUGCAUAGUGGGAACAGCCCAACUCCUGCAGGGCAGAGUGGGAACCAGCAAGUCCCCUGAGAUGCUGAGAACAUGGCAAGAGCCAGAUGACACAACAACCCACGUGGCUGUGCGCUAACCCUAUGGACACAUGGUGGCUGGAGUGACUGUCUAUGUAUAGAAUUUGGAAGCACACAUAGGGGCCGGCCUGAGGCUACUGCUGCCCCCCUCCCACUACUAGGUGCCCCAGGGCCACCCAUACCCCUAGGGAGCUGGAGAUGGGGUUUAGCUGGAUGUGGGGGUAGGGCCUUCUUCACUGAGACUAGGCUUCUGCCCUGUAUGCGACUGUUUUUUUGUUAGUUGUUGGGUGGUUUUAUUUUUAUUGUUUCCUCUUCUAUGUGUGGGUCUUUUUCUUGGAGCUGUUUAUAGGAAUUUCUGUAAUAAAGACUUGGUGUUCUUAUAGUGA